GAAUGGUGAAAACUUAAAAGAGAGAGCAUUAGAGAUGAAAGAGAGAACGAAUUUGAUCCACAACAAAAUAGUGACUCUGUCUUUUCUAAUCGUACAGUCUGUUUUCCACUGUCGUCUUGGUUCUAUUUCAUUUUCCGCGUUCUAUCCCAGAUAAAAUUUGCAUGUUUAUUUUGUGACAUCUGUUUUUUCCACAUUGGCAGAACAGUACAAAUUGAUAAGGAAAUGACAGGGCAACACUACUGUUUACGAUGGAACAAUUACCAAAGUAACAUGACCUCAGUGUUUCACCAGCUCCUACAAAACGAAGCAUUCGUUGAUGUUACCUUAGCAUGUAAGGAUUUGUCUCUUAAAGCUCACAAAGUGGUUUUGUCUGCUUGUUCUUCUUAUUUUCAAAAGCUUCUGCUCGAUAAUCCCUGCAAACAUCCGACUAUCAUAAUGCCACAGGACGUCUGUUAUGCAGACUUAAAGUUUAUCAUCGAAUUCGUAUACAAAGGGGAAAUCGACGUGUCUCAAGCUGAACUUCAGUCAUUGCUGAAGACCGCUGACCAGUUAAAAAUAAAGGGUUUAUGUGAGUCGGAGGAUAAUAAGGACAAAGAAAACUCUGUUCACACGCUACCAGUUUUAUCAAAAGAUCGAAGUAAAUUAAGAAAAAUCUCGUCACCAAAACACAUAAAGUUAGAAGAAAUCAGUAGAAGUCAAGACUGUGAUAUAGAAAGAGAGUAUCAAGAUAGUUUAGAUAUAGGCGAAAGUGUUGUGGAAGAAAGAUGCUCAGAACGACGAAAUAAUUCGACAGACGAAGAUAGCGAUGGCCUUUUAGUUGUUGAUGAAGAACCAAAGAGAAAGAAACCAGUACAAAACCAAAAUAAAACAAAUAUGAGCAGUCAUGGUCUUCUUGAAGGACAGGCAUUUUUCUCCCAGUUGUAUGACAAUGAUGAAUUCCCUCCGGAACCUCCUGCCCCGACAGCAAUUCCUGUUGGACAUGUCGACAUGCAAGACCAUUCUCCCACCAGAUCGCUACUCUCAACUCAUCGAACCGAUAUAUCAGAUUCGCAUAUUAAAUAUGAGGAUAUAAAAAAAGAAACUAGUAUUAAAUUUGAAACCCUACGAUCCUAUAAACAUGAAAUGAUGGAUUUAGAUUCUUCACAACUUUCAGAACCAGAUCAUUCAUUAGACAGUUAUGAAGACGCCGAAAGGGGCCCUCAUUCCAUGAUGGUAACUCCUGACAUGAGUGGAAUGGUAUCAGGAGAUCACAAUAAUAGUAACGGGUAUUCUCAACUUAGAAUUAAUGAUCAAGAUACUCCUACAGGAAGGUCUCACGGUGGAGGGCCGAAAACCUGGACUCAGGAAGAUAUGGAAUUAGCAUUAGAUGCUCUUAGAAAUCAUAACAUGAGCCUUACAAAGGCUUCAGCAACGUAUGGUAUUCCAUCGACGACUUUAUGGCAAAGGGCGCACCGAUUAGGGAUAGAUACCCCAAAGAAAGAAGGUCCCACGAAAUCAUGGACUGAGGAAAAUUUAAAUUCCGCACUAGAAGCACUCAGAACGGGAACUAUUUCAGCGAAUAAAGCUAGUAAAGCAUACGGUAUCCCUAGCAGUACCCUUUACAAGAUAGCUAGGAGGGAGGGAAUUAAAUUAGCAGCCCCUUUUAAUGCAGCUCCAACAACAUGGACUCAAGAAGACUUAGAAAAAGCUUUGGAAUCUAUUAGGACGGGACAAUCAUCCGUUCAAAAGGCUUCAACAGAAUUCGGAAUUCCAACAGGAACUUUAUACGGCAGGUGUAAAAGAGAAGGAAUAGAAUUAUCCAGGUCUAAUCCCACUCCUUGGUCUGAGGAUGCUAUGGGUGAAGCACUGGAGGCUGUCAGAUUAGGUCAUAUGUCAAUUAACCAGGCAGCGAUACAUUAUAAUUUACCAUAUUCAUCGCUAUAUGGUCGAUUUAAAAGGGGCGUCAAAUACGAUAUGGAGCCAAUUGAUACAAACAAUUCCGACAGCCAAUCUCAGCCAGAAUCUCAGGUAUUGCUCAUGGACUAUCCCAGUGCUCAUCAGCAGAUCCAGUAUCAGCACCAUUUGAAUAGCUGAGACCGAUAUCAGGUCACUGACUAAAGUGUGAAUCCCUCCAGACGUGAUGGAACGCCUCCGAAGGUUAUUUGAAGCCCAUCGAAUUUAUUUUUUUUCUUUCGUUUUCAUUUGGUGCCUUAAAACUCACGUUAAAUUAAAAUAAUCAUAACAAAUCGAUAGAAAAUGAAAGUUGCUUUUUGUUCAAGUUAUUUUUGUUGGUGAGUGGCAAAUGGGUUUGGGAAUGAAACGAAUAUAAGACGAUAUUGAUUAAUUAUUUAAAAAUCAAUUGAAUGGUUGCUUAUUUCGAUAUCACUCUUGAAGCUUCUUAGGUGAUAACAACAAGUAUGAAGCAAGUAAUAAUAUGCUACCAAAAUAAGCACCAGUGACGAUCAGAAUAAUAAAAACGAAAAAAGUGCAAUAUAUUGUAUGGAAGUCUGUUGUUGUUUUAUUUAUCUUGUGUAGAUUAGUUUCUUUUCACCAGGAACGUGGUUUCGAUGAAAAUUGUAAAUUAGUAGCUCAAAAGUGAUGUACUUAUCAUUAUUAUUAUGUUGUUGUUAUUAUUUCUUUGUAAACUUUGUAAAAGAAAUAUAAUAAUAUACUAUUUCAAUCAAACAGUCGUCAAAUAUAAUUGAAGAUUCACCCAAUAUAGACCGGACUUCUAUCCCAUCGAACCUGGGCCGCCCAAGUAGCAGGCGAGGACAGUGCAGUGGCCCUCCAAUUUACUUUUUAUCGCUAAAGUUUCACUGAAGU